CUCCCCUUCAAACUUGAGGUUGAAGCGCAGCGCGUAGAGCUCAUGCAGAGUCGAUAACUUAUUACCGUACACUACGAUCUAGGUAGGUAGAAGACUAAAGUUGCUGAGUUGCUCUAACUUACAGCCUCAGGUGUCCGUUUUAGGAAUUUUGCUCAAGCAUUUCAUUCAUAGCAACAUCCUGACUUGCAAAACGUAUAUCUCAGAGGCGCUAUAUCGUUUACAGCGCCAGUAUGCACCCUUUUCCUCCGGCUUUUUAGCCCUCGCAAGACUGGUAAUUUGACAGCUUUUUGAAUUUUAACAUCACGGCGGCCGGCAGAGGGCUUUGUGCCGAGAUCUGAAUUCUAAUUCCUAGCAACUGCGCGUCAUACACUUUGAAUGUUGCAGAUACUUUCAUAGUUUGCGCAUGCUCAGAACAGCGUCAUGACAGACUGACUGCCAGGGACGCGCCACUCCCAGGCAAACUAUUGCAUAUUAUCAAUGCCUUGAGCAGAUAGCCUGCAAUUACUUGUUGUCAGCUGUGGUAUCCAAAAAUCCAGCCGGAGGACCGCUGAAACUGCCGUACUGAGGACAGCGCAGGUUGCAACGAUCUAGAUCUGCAGCCCCUGUCCAGCAUACAGCUAGCUAUAGCAUAAAGCUUCCUUCUGACAUCGGAAUCAGCAUGAGCAUCAGCCAAAGGCUCUGCAGAAGUCCUCUGGUGGCAGGUGCUGGCAGUGAGCUGCUGAGCACCUUCCUGUUCGUGUACCUGGGGUGCGGCAUCCUCGUUGGUUCAGGAGUCCUGGAUGAGCAGUUCAAGGGCCCUCAAGUUGCCGGCGUCGCUGGGCUAGCCGUCCUCACAUCAGCAGUGACUUUCCUAUCUCAGUGGACACCUGCAACAUCGCACCUCGCCUCUGAGGUCCGGAUACUGGGGAGGAAAGAGGCAGCACUGCAUGCGGCAGUUUGCUUGCUUGCGCAGGUUGGAGGGGCAGUGCUUGCCAGUUCUUUAGUGGGGCAUGUGUGGGAAGGGACAUUGGUCCGAGUUGAGUUGCACCAGAAGUUUGUGAGCCUCAGAUGAGGUCGAGACAAACUUGUUGAGCGUUGAUGAAGUUUUACUAACCAAAGGAGGAAGUGCUGGACAGAAUAGCGUCUAAUCGAUACUACGUUGCAGGUAGGGUCAGUGGGACACUUAUUAUGCAGCAGGGUCGCAGCGGGCACAUUGCAAUUGACAAAGGCAAGCUCGAGCCAUUCAUCAGUCCCUCGUUUUGGCAAAUAGGUCCUACUAAUCAAAUCAGACUCUGAGUGCAGCGCGUGUGUACAGAUGCGCGGGCCAGAAUCGGCAGCGUGCAUUUGGAAGGCGGCAAUUUUGAGAUAUUUUCCAUUGCAAAAUGGCUAGGUUCAGUAAAAAUUGCGCAGUAUACAAGGAGCAAAUAUUACUAUGUA